AUUUGUCACAACAAUAAGAGACGCCGUUGCAGAAGAGGGACAGAUAGAAACGAAGUCGUAUUAUGAGAAACGCCGUCAUAUAAUAUUGUAACGUGUCAGGAUUUGAGCUUCAAUUUUAAAUCAUUUAAAGAAAACAAAAUGAAAAUAGUCUCCGCCUUUCAUCAGCAACAACAAUGCUUCUCUCCGCCACCCGUCUCCACAUCACCAACCUCCACUUCUCGGCCGCCACCUCCUCCUCCGUAAAGCCACCACUCCUCCUCACCACAAACUCUUCCACUUCAUCUUCUUCGCUCACCACCAAGAACAAUACCAGUAGUCUCCUCCAUCGCGUUACACGCACGCUGCCAAAUGGCGAGCCGGAAUUAUCUUCACCACCAGAGAUGUUGUCCUCUGCGUCGGCAGUGGCUUCCGCUAUUCGCAAUACCUCAAAUUCUCCAAUCGAAUUCGUUCAAAAGAUGGAGAAAUCCGAUAAGAGUAAAUUAGUGCUCCCGAGUCUCGAUUUUCGUAGACUUUGCAUCGAACAGUUAGACCUCUUUCGUAGAAUCGUUGAUCCCGAUGCUAUAUUGUCGGUUUAUGUAAGGCCAGCAGGGAGUUAUGUUAUGGACCGUUUGGAAUUGAGGAGAGUAACCUCUUAUCCAGGAAUUAUCAGUGCGUCUGAUGUAGUGAUAUUAGUUGGCACUUUUAAUAUUCCUACUGGAUUACGUGCUGCUGAAGCUGCACUCGCUAGUCAACAAGUAAACUUUGUGCCUGACCAUAGGGCGGUUGUGUUUCCAAUGGUGAAACAUCCAUUUGUUGUUGGGUUCUUGGUUGCCGAGUUACCCACGAUGGAACUGGUACCAUCUUAUGAGAAUGUGCAAACUAAGGGGCAUGAAAAUGAUCUGGUUCCCUUUCAAUCUCCGGAGGAAGCCUAUCCUUUGCCUUCAAGUCCAGAUAAUAAUAAAUCGUGGACAAUUCAGACUUUAAAUGAUGAGUCAUUCAGAAUGUAUAACUUUUCUGCUGAGCAAAGAUUGAAUGCCAUUAAUAUCUCUCGCUCUCUAGCUAUGGCUUAUGUAAUGGAUCAGAAAGCAAUGUUACUCCAGCAAUCUUCUUGGCAAAAUAAUGUCAGAAUGAGUAAUCUGGUUGAACAGAUUCGGGGCCCUCUUUCUAGCAUUCAGACUCUGAGCAAAAUGCUAUCCACCCACUUGAAAAGAAGUGAGAUUUCUUACGACAUUGUUGAAGACAUAAUGGUACAGGGUGAUCGUCUGAGAGAUACCCUUCAAGAACUCCAGGAUGCUGUUCAUUUGACAAAGGCCAAUAUAAUGCGCUACAAUGAAGAGGCGCUACAGAGAAUACACAAUUCAAACUAUCAUCAUCAUGAGUCAUUGGGAUCUCAUUUAUCAGAUAACAUUCCUAGAGAUGCAGAUGACAGCAAUAAUUUGCACAAUUCUGGUAAACCACAUUCUCUAAAUGUUCCACUUGACGACUUAGAGAUGCCCAUGCCACCUAUGGCUCUUGCUCCCCUACAACAAUAUGGAAUAAGACCGUGCAAUGUUUAUGAAGUUUUAUCAGAUUUGGUUGGGGCUGUACAACCUCUUACCUUUAAGCAGCAACGAAAUAUAGUGCUCAGCGAACUCUCUCAAUCUCUGCAAGUUGCUAUAGAAGAGCAAGCUUUACGCCAAGCUUUAAGUAAUUUAAUUGAAGGUGCUUUAUUGCGUACACGUGUUGGGGGCAAGGUUGAAAUUGUAUGUACUGAAGCACCUGCAGGGGGGGCUCUUGUAAUUAUUGAUGAUGAUGGCCCCGAUAUGCAUUAUAUGACCCAGAUGCAUUCACUCGCACCAUUUGGAGCAGAGCUAUUAUCAGAAAACAUGAUUGAAGACAACAUGACUUGGAAUUUUGUUGCUGGACUGACUGUUGCUCGCGAGAUACUCGAGAGUUAUGGUUGUGUUGUCCGCAUAAUAUCACCCCGGAUCACAGAUGCAGCCCUUGGAACUGGGGGAACUCAGAUCGAACUCUGGCUUCCUUCCUUUGCUGCAUUGUCUGACCUGAAUGACAUUGUCCACGAGACAUAGAAUAAAGCGGCUCUCUCUGUAGUAGAAGCCUCAAUAUUAAGUGAAAAUUCGCAGCAUAGUUUGUAAAGAAAAGAAAUAAAGAGUUGACCAUAAAAGUCAAAAUUCCUCUUUCCUAACGGCUGAAAUCUGAUAGGAUUGUAUAUAAGAAAUAUUCCAGUGUGUCUAUGAUCCCCUCUAGUUAAUUGAAUGUUAUAAUUACUGUUCAUCUGAAA